UCCCCCUUCCACCCCCCUAAGGCGCCGGUGCACGAUGCAGCUAAUUGUUUAAAGGUCUCUUUCUCUCCUUAAGAGGCAUUCCUUUUAGAGGCCAGGAUGAGAGGUUUUCUUGUUUGGAAGCCCACCUAACUUUGGCAUACCUAAGAGUUCAAGAUUUUACUGAUGAAACAGAGAGUUUGAAGAUGUCUCGAAGGUAUCCAGGUCAAGUUAGCCAUGGUAGAGGGAGGAAAGCAGAAUCGCCUGCCAUUAAUGUCAAGCACUCCAGCGUCAGAGAGUUUUGUUCCACAUCAUCUUUUCAAGAUAGUGGCCAUCAUGAGUUGUCAGAAUCUCGCAGCUUUGACAAUAAAGAAUUCAUUGGGAAGAACGAAAAAGAGCCAACAUUAAUCUAUGAGCACCUUGAAACAUCAGGCCCUGGCUUAACAAAGCCUUUGGAAUCUCCCGCUCAAAGAAAUGUGUUCGUCUCUCCUAGGAAGGGAAAGGAUCAAAGCCCAGAACUUUGUGACACUCCUAAAAUCAGAAGAAAAAGAUGUUUACUGCGCAGAAGGUUGGACUUAUCUUUCCCUGUUCUUAAGGGGGAUUUGGAAUCACACGGCAGUUCUCUGGACAGUGGUGCUAGCCAAGUUCUUAACGUAGAAAAACAUAGUCCAAGCAGUGCUUCAGGUUUUCCAAGGCAAAAUAAUUUUAACCUGUUAGUAAGUAGCACUAUAAAAACAGAGGAAGUGAUUUCCAACAGUCAAAACAAAAGGCUAAAUUUUUCUGAGAGCAAGACUUCAACAAUUGAUGACUGCAAAGAUGACUGUGGCUUAUUUGAAGUUGAGUGUAUAUCUCCAAUUCGGGGCAAUAGUUUUAAAGAUUCUAUCACACAUGACUUCAGUGAUAGCAGUUUAAGUGUUAACGAUGAAAAUACACAUGGUGAACUCCUGAGCUCCGUUGGUAGUGGGACGACCUAUGGAACAGAUGAGAACGUAUUUGUGACUCCAGUAAGUAAUCUUGUAGCAAAAAUUAACUUUAAUGCAAGCCAAACACUUUCUCCUCCUUCUGCAGUCAGAGGCAAUAUUUCAACACCCGAAGACAGUGGCUUUAGCUCACUGAGCUGGGAUAAAUCAGAAGAUUCUCUCUCUGACCAGGAGGGUUCUUUUCAAGAACUACUUCAGAAACACAAGGGGACCCCCAGAGCGGGGGAUACGAUAAAAAAGCCAAGGCAUCUUGGAAGGUCGAGAAGACUGUCCACUCUUCGGGAGCAAGGCUCACAGUCAGAGACAGAGGAGGACAAGGAGACUCUCCAUGCCAGCGCUGACACCUUGGGCGUCUCUGAGAGUCAGCUGAGCAGUGCUACAAAGAGUGAGGUUUUGACUGUGAGCUUUGAGAACUUGUCAAGGACUCCAGCUCUGCAGUUAGUGCAUGAGCUCUUCAUGCAAAGCAAAAGGAAAAGAUUCCAGCAAAAGGAUGCCCAUGAAUUCCUAGAGGAAAGCGAUGAGGGGAAAAUAGCUAUACUGCAGUGUGUUCUCGCAGGACUGAUUGGCAAGAAGAUGGGUAUAGAACAGCUGGACAUCUUAACAGAGUUAAAGUAUAGAAAUUUGAAACAUAUUCUAGCUAUGAUUCUAGAUUCCUUGACCGCAGAGAGUUUAUACAGUGUUUGGAAAGUCAGCAGAAAUUGGCGUGAAAUUAUUGCUCAAGAUAAAAAAGCAAAUCAGAGGAGGAAAUAUUAUAUCACACAACUGACAGCAAAUUCUGAGGGGGCUCUGCUUAAUGUCCAGGAUGCCUCCACCCGGCUCCACCUCCUAAAUCGCUCAGCCUUGCGAUCAGUGCAAGCACAGGCUCGGGCGCCCGCUCCUCAGAAAGAGCAAAGUCCAACCCUCUCUCCUUGGGGAGAAGUGUUGACACCUGGAGCUUGCUCUUCCAUUGCCCACUCAGGCAGUAAGCAGGAACGGUUUGUUAGGGUCGCCAGAACUCUGUUUACUGAUGAAGCCUUGAAACCUUGCCCAAGGUGCCAAUCCCCAGCCAGGUACCAGCCUUACAAGAAAAGGGGCCUGUGCAGCCGCAAAGCCUGUGGCUUUGACUUUUGUGUGUCAUGUCUGUGCGCUUAUCAUGGCUCCGAAGAUUGUAGCAAAGGAACAGCAAAGCCAAGAAACAGCAAAGGCGCGCUCCCAGGAAGUGCCCAAAGCAAACGGAAUUUAAGACGCCUCUGAAGAGACUGAAGGAAACACCCCCCCAUUGAUGUUUUGUCUGACUUGAAAUUAUGACUAUUCUGAAUACAUGCAAUCUUCCCAUUAAUGACAGAUGAUGAUUAAUUCCCUGUUUUGUAUCUAUUAUAAUCCAUGUAUACUUUCUUAAA